AUGGGGGUGGGGUGGUGGGGGGUGGGGUUUGGGGGGUGGGUUGGUGGGGGGUGGGGGUGGGGUUUGGUUGGGGGGGGUGGUGGUGGGGUGGGGGUGGGGGGGUGUGUUUGGGGGGGGGUGGGGGUGGGGGGGGGUGGGGGGGGGUGGGGGUGGUGGGUGGGUGUGUGGGUGGGGUGGGGGGGUUGGUGGGGUGGUGGGGGGGGGUGGUGGGUGGGGGGGUGGGUGGUGUGUGGGUGGGGGGUGGGGGGGUGGGUGGGUGGGGGUGGGGGGGGGGUGUGGGGGGGGGGGGGGGGGUGGGGGGGGGGGUGUGUGUGUGUGUGGGUGGGGGGGUGGGGGUGGGGGGGUGGGUGGGGGGGGGGGGUGGGGGGGGGGGGGGGGGGGGGGGGGGGGGGGGGUGGGGGGGGGUGUGGUGGGUGGUGGGGUGGGGGGGGUGGGGGGUGGGUGGGGGGGGGGGUUUUGUGGGGUGGUGGUGGGGGGGGGGGGGUGGGGGGGUUAUGGGGGGUGGUGUGGGGAUGUGGUGGUUUGAUGGGUGUGGUAGGGGGUUGGGGGGGUAAAUUGAUGGUGGAUGGGGGGUUGGGGAAGGAUUGGAUGAUUGGUUGA